CGUUACGUUGCGUUUCUGUUAUGUGUGCCAUGGUCUCAACCCAGCAGUGUUGACAAUAGGGUGAAAAGAAACAGCCCCGAAUCAUAAACCAGCUAAGGGAAUAUCCAAAAUCCAGGGGUCUGGGGAAGACAAGCAAUUGAAUCAGUAACAGGAAUGUAAUUGCGUUGAGUUAAUCGUUUUAUAUAGUCGUAUUUUGUUAUUAAUGGGAGUUUGAGGAUUAUUCCCUUGGAAGGAAAAGGUACUCGUGGGUUUGGCUGUUUCAGGCCAGAUUUUCCUGCUUGUUCCGCCGCUGCUUGGGAAGGCUGUUUGCACCGAGCUGGAGGGUAGCCGAACAGUUAGCCCGAUAGAUUUCCAAACAUAGGAUAACUCCUCGCCGCCGUCUCCGUUGCGAACCGCAAAGGAUCAAGGUAAAGUACUACACUUGGAGGGCUAAACAGCCACUCGGUCGGCUGCAGCUUGUGGGGCUCGGCUCGGGACUCGGGACGGUGUGUGAUCCCAACCCAGUCGGUCUGUCAGUCUUUGAGCGCUAGCUUACAGCAGCAUUAGCACUGCUUCUGUAUUUACAUCUGGGAUGAUGGGUGAUCGCCCAAGCCCGCCCAGCAGGGCUAUGUCCUCGGCAGCCACCACAUCUCCAUCUGUGGACAAAGUGGACGGAUUUUCACGGAAGUCUGUCAGGAAGGCCAAGCAGAAGCGGUCGCAGAGCUCGUCCCAGUUCCGCUCUCAGGGCAAACCCAUAGAGCUCACGCCCCUGCCGCUGCUCAAGGAAGUGCCAGCGCCGGAGCAGCCGGAGCUGUUCCUGAAGAAGCUGCAGCAGUGCUGUACUGUCUUUGACUUCAUGGACACGCUGUCAGACCUCAAGAUGAAGGAGUACAAGCGCUCCACGCUCAACGAGCUGGUGGACUACGUGACCGUCAGCCGGGGCUACCUGACAGAGCAGGCCUACCCCGAGGUCGUCAAAAUGGUGUCUCACAACAUAUUCCGGACCCUUCCGCCCAGUGACAGUAACGAGUUUGACCCUGAGGAAGACGAGCCCACGCUCGAGGCCUCCUGGCCACACUUACAGUUGGUAUACGAGUUCUUCAUCCGGUUCUUGGAGAGUCAGGAAUUCCAGCCCAGCAUUGCCAAAAAGUACAUAGACCAGAAGUUUGUCCUACAGCUCUUGGACUUGUUUGACAGCGAGGACCCUCGGGAGAGAGACUACCUGAAGACAGUCUUGCAUAGAAUCUACGGCAAAUUCCUGGGGCUGAGGGCUUUUAUACGAAAACAGAUCAAUAAUAUUUUUCUACGUUUUGUUUAUGAGACGGAGCACUUCAACGGGGUGGCUGAGUUGCUGGAGAUCCUCGGGAGUAUAAUCAAUGGUUUCGCUCUGCCACUAAAAGCGGAGCAUAAACAGUUUCUGGUCAAAGUGUUGAUCCCCCUCCACACUGUCAGGAGUCUGUCCCUCUUCCACGCACAGUUGGCGUAUUGCAUUGUACAGUUCCUAGAGAAAGACCCAACAUUAACAGAACCAGUCAUCAGAGGCUUACUGAAGUUCUGGCCAAAAACCUGCAGUCAAAAAGAGGUGAUGUUUCUAGGGGAGCUGGAGGAAAUCCUGGACGUCAUCGAACCAACACAGUUCGUCAAGAUCCAGGAGCCGCUCUUCAAACAGAUCUCUAGAUGCGUCUCCAGCCCACACUUCCAGGUCGCAGAGCGAGCUCUGUACUACUGGAACAACGAGUAUAUCAUGAGUCUGAUCGAGGAGAACUCCAGCGUCAUCCUGCCCAUCAUGUUCGCCAGCCUCUACAGGAUCUCCAAAGAGCACUGGAACCCGGCGAUCGUGGCGCUGGUGUACAACGUCCUGAAGGCCUUCAUGGAGAUGAACAGUACCUUAUUUGAUGAACUUACAGCCACUUACAAGUCAGACCGCCAGCGUGAGAAGAAGAAGGAGAAGGAGCGGGAGGAGCUCUGGAAGAAGCUGGAGGACUUGGAGCUGAAGCGGGGCCUUAGGAGCGACGGGAUCAUCCCAACUUAACGAAGACAGCGCCGCGCUCCCCUCUGCCCCUCCCCCACCCUUUACUCUCCCCCUGUGACUCCCCCUCCCCUCCAUCCUUACCCCAGCUCCUCCCUUCCACAUCAGCCAUGUCUGCUCAGAGCUCUGAGAAAAUCCCCGAUUCAGGCCAUCGUCUGUGGAUCGACACGGAGCGCCCGCUGGUUUCUUAAUUGUUUUUUUUUUUUCUUGUUUUUUUUUUCUCCUGUGUUUGUGCGACUUACUUUACAGUAGAUUCAUCACGUCUGUUUUCAUUAUUUCAACAGCACUGUAAAUAAUUAUUUUUUUCUUUUUUUUUUCCCUUAAACUGAUAUUAUUGCAAACGGAAAAACAAACCAAUAAUAAUAAAAAAAGGAAGAAAAAAAUAGAAAAUGAGAAAAUGACUUGUGUGGGAGGGGAAUUUAAACAAAAAAAUAAACAACUUUUGGACUGUAGGACAUGAAAUGAACUCUUGAAAACAAAAAAACAACAAAAAAAGAGAAGAUAGAUUGAUUUAAACUCUUCAUCCCACUCUUCUUCUUCAGUACAGUCCUGUAUGUAAUUUUUAUUUUUCUGGUCCUCUUUGCUCUCCCUCUCGUUGCCUCCAUCUUUCUGUUCCCUCCCUCGCUCCUCUCUUAUGGUGCAUCCGUCAUUUCUGUCCCCCAGUGGGAUGUCCGAACUGAAAAUGGGUCCCCCUCUCGCACCUGAAGGUUCCUCUAGGACCCCUCCUCUCCUCCUCUCCUCUCCUUUAGCCUUGCCGACUUGUCAACAUGUUCUCCUUCCUGUUUUAAACAGGACGAAAAAAAAAGAUCAAAAUCACAUUUAAAAACAACAACAGGGACUUUUUUGGUACACUGACGCCAUGUCUUCUUUAAGUGUGUUUACAUGCGUGUUCAUGGAAGGGUUAGAGGUCACUUUUCAGGGGUAGAACUUUUUUGCUCAAUUGUUUUCUUCAUUUAUGAAAUCUUGUGCACAAUAAACUUAUUUCUUCUUCUUAAUUUA